GCUAACCAAAAGAAAAACUCAAACCUGUACCAGCGUCCCAGGCCCAAUCUGUCACGAGCUUCACCAUACUCCGGGAAAGCCCUCAGGUCCAGGAUAGUGACUAUAACUCCAUAGCCCUGCCAGAGAAAAGGAGAGAGAAAACGAUUCAUUUAGCUACAAGUAAAAUGAGAAAAUGUGGCUGCCAGCAAAUCGCCCCGGACCAGCUAGGAUCCUCAGGUCGGUCCUUCAAUCCUGGUCCCUGCCCAUGCCCCGCCCCUCCCGCCACCCACUGGAGACGGACGGAAGCCGGGAGGAGAGCUGGCCAGGCACCCACGUGGAUGCAGGGUAGCGGAAGUAGUCCUAGUUCGCCUAGCCGUAAAGCGUGCCUGGUUCCGGUUAACGUGACUUCCGGUUGAGGACAACGGCCGCAGCUGUUGGGACAGGGCCGCUUGAAACCGGAGGUCUACCGGACUCUUGCCGAUUCCGCCUACCCUGUUGGCGCCCGCUUCACUUUGGAUCAUGUUCAAGAAAUUUGACGAAAAGGAAAAUGUGUCCAAUUGCAUCCAGUUGAAAACUUCAGUUAUAAAGGGUAUGAAGAACCAACUGAUAGAGCAGUUUCCAGAUAUUGAGCCAUGGCUUAACCAAAUCAUGCCUAAGAAAGAGCCUGUCAAAAUGGUCCGAUGCCAUGAACAUACGGAAAUCCUUACGGUAAAUGGAGAAUUAAUUUUUUUUAGACAAAGGAAAGGACCUUUUUAUCCAACUCUAAGGUUACUUCACAAAUACCCUUUUAUCCUGCCACACCAGCAAGUUGAUAAAGGAGCCAUCAAAUUUGUGCUAAGCGGUGCGAAUAUCAUGUGCCCAGGUUUAACUUCUCCAGGAGCAAAGCUUUACCCUGCCGCAGUCGAUACGAUUGUUGCAGUCAUGGCGGAAGGAAAACAGCACGCGCUGUGUAUUGGAGUCAUGAAGAUGUCUGGAGGAGACAUUGGGAAAAUUAACAAAGGAAUCGGCAUUGAGAAUAUCCAUUAUUUAAAUGAUGGGCUGUGGCACAUGAAGACAUAUAAAUAAGACUUAAAUGCACUUAGACUAGAGAUACUGUGUUGUAUAUGUGUUUUUGUCUAUGAUAGCAUUAUGACAAUGUCUGUUUAUGCUGUAUAAA